AUGUCGGCGGCGCAGGUGUCCUCGUCCCGAAGACAGUCUUGCUACCUGUGCGACCUGCCUCGCAUGCCCUGGGCCAUGAUCUGGGACUUCUCCGAACCCGUCUGCCGUGGUUGCGUCAAUUACGAAGGCGCCGACCGCAUAGAAUUCGUGAUCGAGACCGCACGCCAGCUGAAGCGGGCGCACGGCUGCUUCCAAGACGGCCGUUCCCCUGGGCCGCCGCCGCCCGUUGGGGUCAAGACAGUGGCCUUGUCCGCCAAGGAAGCGGCGGCAGCAGCUGCCGCCGCGCAACAACAGCAACAACAGCAACAGCAGCAACAGCAGCAGCAGCAGCAGCUCAACCACGUCGAUGGUUCUAGCAAGCCAGCCGUGUUGGCCGCCCCGUCCGGCCUGGAACGCUACGGCCUGAGCGCAGCGGCCGCCGCUGCCGCCGCCGCUGCCGCCGCGGUGGAACAACGCAGCCGUUUCGAGUAUCCGCCGCCCCCGGUGAGUCUGGGGAGCAGCAGCCACGCCGCCCGGCUGCCCAACGGCCUGGGAGGUCCUAACGGCUUCCCUAAGCCUGCACCAGAGGAGGGCCCCCCGGAGCUGAACCGCCAGAGCCCCAACUCAUCCUCGGCGGCGACAUCGGUGGCUUCUCGGCGUGGGACACAUAGUGGGCUGGUGACCGGGCUCCCCAACCCUGGGGGUGGCGGGGGACCCCAGCUCACGGUGCCCCCAAACCUAUUGCCGCAGACGCUGCUUAACGGCCCGGCCAGCGCCGCGGUGCUGCCUCCGCCCCACGGUUUGGGGGGCAGCCGAGGACCCCCGACUCCAGCGCCUCCCGGUGCUCCCGGGGGACCCGCCUGUCUCGGGGCUGCUCCGGGUGUGUCGGCCACUGUAUCCUCCGCACCGUCUUCGACCUCGUCGACGGUGGCAGAGGUGGGCGUGGGUGCUGGUGGCAAGAGGCCUGGCUCGGUGUCGAGUACGGACCAGGAGCGUGAGCUAAAGGAGAAGCAGCGCAACGCUGAGGCCUUGGCCGAGCUGAGCGAGAGCCUGCGCAACCGUGCGGAGGAGUGGGCCAGCAAGCCCAAGAUGGUCCGUGACACCCUGCUCACGCUGGCUGGCUGCACGCCCUACGAGGUGCGCUUCAAGAAGGACCAUUCGCUGCUGGGUCGCGUCUUUGCCUUCGACGCUGUCUCCAAGCCCGGAAUGGACUAUGAGCUGAAGCUGUUCAUUGAGUAUCCCACGGGCUCCGGCAACGUGUACUCCAGCGCGUCCGGGGUGGCCAAACAGAUGUACCAGGAUUGCAUGAAAGACUUUGGCCGGGGUCUGUCCUCUGGCUUCAAGUACCUAGAGUACGAGAAGAAGCAUGGCUCGGGCGACUGGCGCCUACUAGGGGACUUGCUGCCCGAGGCUGUGCGCUUCUUCAAGGAGGGCGUGCCUGGCGCGGACAUGCUGCCCCAGCCCUACCUAGAUGCCAGCUGUCCCAUGCUACCCACGGCGCUGGUGAGUCUCAGCCGCGCCCCCAGUGCACCCCCAGGAACUGGAGCCUUGCCUCCAGCGGCGCCCACGGGCCGGGGUGCAGCCGCCAGCCUGCGCAAAAGGAAGGCAUCCCCGGAACCUCCGGAUUCAGCAGAAAGCGCACUGAAGCUCGGCGAGGAGCAGCAGAGGCAGCAGUGGAUGGCAAACCAGAGCGAGGCGCUGAAGCUCACUAUGUCCGCGGGGGGCUUUGCGGCUCCAGGGCACGCAGCAGGGGGACCACCCCCACCCCCUCCACCUCUGGGACCUCAUUCCAAUAGGACCACCCCGCCGGAAUCAGCCCCGCAGAAUGGUCCGUCCCCCAUGGCCGCGCUCAUGUCAGUAGCAGACACUCUGGGCACAGCGCAUUCGCCCAAGGAUGGCAGUUCAGUGCACUCGACCACUGCAUCUGCUAGGCGAAACAGCAGCAGCCCGGUGUCUCCCGCUUCUGUGCCGGGGCAGCGUCGCCUGGCAUCACGAAAUGGGGACCUGAAUUUACAGGUGGCGCCUCCGCCGCCUAGCGCCCACCCGGGCAUGGACCAAGUGCACCCCCAAAACAUUCCGGAUUCCCCUAUGGCCAACAGCGGACCCCUCUGCUGUACCAUUUGCCACGAACGUUUGGAGGACACUCAUUUCGUUCAGUGCCCAUCCGUCCCUAGCCACAAAUUUUGUUUCCCUUGUUCUAGAGAGAGUAUCAAAGCCCAGGGGGCUACAGGUGAGGUGUAUUGCCCCAGCGGAGAGAAAUGCCCCCUAGUUGGGUCUAAUGUACCUUGGGCCUUCAUGCAGGGCGAAAUCGCAACUAUCUUAGCUGGGGAUGUUAAAGUGAAAAAAGAGAGAGACCCUUGAACCGAAGGCCAGGGACCUCUUUUGCCCUAGACCACCUCCUCUUCAAUCUAGAGGCCCCUUCCCCCCCACCCCCGCCUCCAUUUCCCUUUCCCACCAAGAUGUAGAAUUGUGAAUAUAACUGCAAAAAGUUAGUCUUAUGUAUAGACAUUAUUUUCGUCGUAUGUUUCUAUAUUUUGAAACAGGUAUGUAACUUCUUCAUUUGAAGGAUAAGCUGGUUGUGUUAAGCAGUAUACUAUUGAUUGGGUCAUUUGCAUCAUAUUCGUUAGCAUUUAUUUGGUGGCAGAAUGUUUGCCUAGGUACAUCAUUAAUAGCCCUUAGCAACAACUGCUGCUGGUGUGUAUUUUUGUAAAUGUUAUGCACUCUGAAAGGAAAAACACACAAAAGAAAAAGAUUUUUUUUGUUGUUGUUGUUUUUGUUUUGCCAAGGCCAGUGUUGCUGCCUAAAAAAAAAAAAAAAGAAAAAGAAAAAGAAAAAAAAUUGAUGCUAUAAAAUGGUGAGUCUCUCUAAACAGCCCCAAGUGUUGAAGUCUUCACUUAAUUUUGUUCUGUUAUGUUUUGUUUUCCUGUUUCGUUUGCAAAAUGGUAAGAGGGGUGUUGGGAGGGGAUGGGUGUUUUUUGUUGCAAGUUUGUGAGGGGAAAAAUGUUUUGGUUUGUUUCUACUGACCUGGAUGUGUUGGAUCUUCACGUGUCGUUUUGUUUUGGCUUUAUUGAUGCACGGAUGCUUUUGAACAGUAGAGCGAAAAGCUAGACAUGGAGAACUUGCUCUGUUUGUCCUUUAUACAUUUCUGUAGUUAACAGAACACUGUAAUGUGCCUUGGAGCUUAGUAACUUGUAAUAAAUUCAAUUGAUAUUAA